AUGGAAAGGCUGUGGAAUUUGACGAAGAACAGUGGUUACAAGUUUGUCGACAAGAAGCAGAAUAGAGGAAGUAUAGUUUGGACUCCUCCCUCAGCUGGAAGCUUGAAGGUUAACUUUGACGGGGCUAGCCGUGACAAUCCUGGUAAAUCAGGCUAUGGUGCCAUUAUAAGGGACGAAUUUGGUAAUUUUGUUAGUGCAAAUUUUGGUUCCUUAGGAAUCACUACAAACAAUAUGACAGAAAUUACAGGGUUGUUAGUUGGAUUGGAAUGGAGUGUGGGCCGAGGAUUUCGAUCCUUAGAAGUAGAAGGCAGCUCUCAAAUUAUCUUGUACGGGAUAAUCAAACAGAAAUUCAAGAAUUGUAAAUUGGAGAAUGAAAGAUCCUAUAAGGGUAUGGACAAAAUGCACUUGAUUGAUAUCUCAGAUGGCUUUGACGAUGUUGGUAGAGGGUGUUUCCCUCAUAGCCAGUACACAAGUUUUACUGUCAGCCGGAUCACCUCAAGCUUCAUUGGAAGGGGAGCAUUGACGGAGGUCCACCGAGAAUAG